AUGGCAACAAUUCGGGUUCCUGAACAAAAAAUAAUACUCUGUGGAGAAUAUGGAGUGGGAAAAAGUUCUAUAUUUCGAAGAUUUACUAAUAAUACUUUUGUGACAGCUUCAGAUAGAAAAUCAACCCUAGGACUAGACCACUGCUCUAAAAUAUUUAGCGUUUGUGAUAGAGAUUUAAAAUUACAAUUAUGGGAUACAGGUGGAAUGGAAAGAGUGGCUUCUAUUACAUCAAGUUACUAUAAAUUUGCAGAGGCUGCCAUUUUAGUUUUUUCUUUUGAUAACCCAGCUUCCUUUCAUGUUUUAUCUCAACAUUUACUAGAUAUAGUUACAUAUGCAGAAAAUGCCAAGAUCUUCCUUUGUGGUAACAAAAGUGAUUUAAUAGAAGCACCACCACAGAUUACUGAUGCUGAAAUAGAAACUUUUUGUGAGCAAUGCCACAAUUUAGUAUCUGGUAUCUACAAGACUUCUUGUAAGACUGGUGAAGGUCUGGAGGAAAUGUUUACAGACAUUGCGUUCCAGCUGGUAAAUAUGAACAGAUCCAGAAUAGAACUUCAGUCAAUGGAGCAACAUGGUUUUAAAAUUAUUCCUUAUGAAGAAGAACAACAAGAAGACAAUUGCAUGUGUUGA